CUAUGGCCUUGGAACCCACAAAACCAGCUCUUUCACUAACAGGAAUACCGUAGAUUUUAAUCCAAUAUUUCUUACUUGUCAUGGCCGUGGAUUCUGGUCUCCCCUCGCCGAUCGCUCCUCCGGCCAGUGAGAAGGACGCGAAGGCUCUUCAGUUCAUUGAGGAGAUGACGACGAACGCCGACGCCGUGCAGCAGAAGGUUCUGGUGGAGAUUCUCGCCAGGAAUGCCGGGACGGAAUACCUCCGGCGGUUCAAUCUCGGCGGAGCGACCGACAGAGAAACGUUCAAGACUAGAGUGCCGGUGGUGACCUACGAGGAUCUUCAGCCUGAUAUCCAACGUAUAGCCAACGGAGAUCGUUCUCCGAUCUUCUGUUCGCUUCCCAUCUCUGAAUUUCUCACCAGUUCUGGCACGUCUGCAGGGGAAAGAAAACUGAUGCCGACGAUUCAAGAAGAACUGGACCGAAGGCAAUUGCUAUACAGUCUUCUCACUCCUGUAAUGAACCUUUACGUUCCGGGAUUGGACAAAGGGAAGGGACUGUACUUUCUGUUCGUGAAAGCCGAAACGAAGACGCCAGGAGGGCUACUUGCACGGCCAGUUCUGACCAGUUACUACAAGAGUUCGCAUUUCAAGACCAGGCCAUACGAUCCUUACAACGUUUACACCAGCCCAAACGAGGCCAUUCUUUGCGCCGACUCUUUCCAGAGCAUGUACACCCAGAUGCUUUGCGGCCUCAUCAUGCGCCAUGAAGUCCUCCGCGUCGGCGCCGUCUUCGCGUCCGGCCUCCUCCGCGCCAUCCGGUUCCUUCAGCUCAACUGGAGGCAACUUUCCGACGACAUCGCAACGGGCACUCUAAACCCUAGAAUCUUGGACCCAUCUCUUCGUGAUUGCAUUUUGAAUAUCCUCCGGCCAAACGAGGAACUGGCUCGGUUCAUCGUGAAAGAAUGUGAAACUGAGAAUUGGGACCGCAUUAUAACCAGAAUUUGGCCCAACACCAAGUACCUGGACGUGAUUGUCACCGGCGCAAUGGCUCAGUACAUUCCGACGCUCGAUUACUACUGUGGCGGGCUGCCGCUUGCUUGCACAAUGUAUGCCUCGUCGGAGUGCUACUUCGGACUUAACCUGAAGCCCAUGUCGAAGCCAUCCGAGGUUUCUUAUACCAUCAUGCCAAACAUGGCCUAUUUCGAGUUCUUCCCUCACGACCCCUACGCUCCGCCGCCGAACCGCCACGCGCCGCCUCGUCUUGUUGACCUGACUGACGUGGAGGUCGGGAAAGAGUACGAGCUCGUGAUCACGACAUACGCUGGGCUGUGCCGGUACCGGGUCGGGGACAUCCUCCGGGUCACCGGGUUCCACAACUCGGCGCCACAGUUCAAGUUCAUAAGGAGGAAGAACGUGUUGCUGAGCAUAGACGCGGACAAAACCGACGAGGCGGAGCUCCAGAAGGCCAUAGAAAACGCUUCAAUGCUUCUGAGAGAAUACAAUACGAGCGUAGUCGAGUACACGAGCUUUGCCGAUACGAAGACGAUUCCGGGUCAUUACGUGAUUUACUGGGAACUGAUGGUGAAAGACCCUUCCAACUCCCCUACUGAAGAGGUCUUGAACCGCUGCUGCUUAACCAUGGAAGAGUCCCUGAACUCGGUGUACAGACAAGGCCGAGUCGCCGACAACUCGAUCGGGCCUCUGGAGAUAAGGGUGGUUAAAAAUGGAACCUUUGAGGAGCUGAUGGAUUACGCCAUUUCUAGAGGCGCCUCCAUCAAUCAGUAUAAGGUUCCGAGAUGCGUUAACUUCACACCCAUCAUGGAACUUUUGGGUUCGAGAGUGGUCUCGGCGCAUUUCAGCCCAGCUCCGCCGCACUGGACCCCUGAACGACGCCGUUGACGACGACGAGGAAAAGUUCUUCCGGUCAGCUAGAAACAAACAUGCCCCUUGAGAUCUGGACCCCGGGCCCGGGGGUGGGGGGGGGGGGGGGAGGAGAGAGAGAGAGAAGAAAACAAAAGACAGUAAUCUGUUAGUUUCUCUCAGUGUCCAGUCUCUUUCUGUGGCUUUGUUGAUAGUGAUCUAGCUUUGGAAAGUGUCUUUGGUUUGCAUUUUGAAAUUGCAGGGCUUGGCUUUGUGUAGGUUCAAAUAAUCUGUGGGGAUGUGGCUGUUAUUGUCUUAGCAUAUGAUCAAGUCUUGUCUUUUCUAGGUACAAUUAACUUUCUUAAAGGGAAAGAAAAUACGCUGAAAAAGCCGAGUGCUCUUCAGCGGCUGCUGGCUGCUGGCCCUGCCUUUAUUCAUGUAGGUUUGCUUGCAUGGUCUUCCUGUCCUUGUGCAAAUUUUAUAUUUGUGAGCUUUAUCUGCA